AUGUCCUAUCCUACGCGAUCGUUUUCGGGCCAUAUGCGCAACCCGAGCGCCUCGGCUACAUCCAGCGCCGGACAGUCGCCGGCUCUGUUGGCACGCAUCGAAGAAAAGAAGGCCGAGCUCGAGAACCUGAGAGAGCUUCGAGAUCUGAGUGCCGCGGUCGCAACACAAAUGGAAGCUCUUGAGCAGAAGCUAUCGACGCUAUCUGAUGGAACGGAGGCUAUUGCGGCGGUUGUUGGAAAUUGGCAUAACGUGCUACGUGCCAUCAACAUGGCUUCUUCCAAACUUGCAAAGACGGCAGCCAAUGCUCCCGCCGAGUCUCAAGACGAAACAGGGCCGCUUCCCCAGACUCUAGUACGAAUUCCGACAGAACAUGCACCAGCAUUGCAGGCGCAGGCCGAAGCUGCCGAGGCCGCCGCCGAGGAACAAGCGUCAUAA